ACGCCAUGUGGCCAGGAUUCACUGCACAAUCAUGGGCGGAAACACUCAUCCAUGGACCUAGGUCGGCUACCCCGGACACGCAACAUGAUGCAGAUAACUGGGCUGCCUUGGCCAAGCAGUGGGCAACUCGACGUGCUCCGCUCUUGCAAACCCCUGCGUGGCCCCCUGUAUCGUUUUUUUGGCGCCAGCCCCCACCCCCGCCUCCACCGCCACCUCCACCGCCUCCGCCACCACCUCCUCCAGCACAGCCCCCAGAACCGCCAACAUAUGGACAAGAUCCCUCCAUUAUUACUCCCGUCCCGGAAAAUGUCUUCCCUGGAUCCUCCUUUAAUGAACCUGUUCAAGCUUUGGAUGGUUUCAACAAUAACCCUCCGCCUUGGACAGUCACCGUCCCUCCAGAUCAACAGUACGAUGACUUAAAUCAACACCCUACUCACAUGGUGCCGACACAUGAUUUCCCUGCCCAUGCUGACGACCAGACGCAAGAUAUACCUUUUGGAAGUUAUUCAGAACCUGUUCAUCAUGAUACUGAUUUUCGUGAGCUGCAUCCGCAUGAUUUCCACCAUGAAACGCAUGAUGCGUGCGUCCCAGGUCCCCAUGCUACUUGGGACUACUCUCGACACAACCCACCGGUCCCAAUUAGGCAUCCUAUGGGGCCAUGCGAUGCUUAUGAUUAUCAUCACCACCCUACACGGGGAUACGUGCCACCCUUUCAUUCUGGUCCCCCAGUUGAUCAUGGUUAUCGACAACCUGGCUUUCGUGAAGGAUAUCCACCCGCUCGAUCUUACAGACCAAGGGCUCCUUACCUCGGGCCGCAAUCUUCUGUUCAGCGCUUUCCCCAUCCAGCUGACCAUCAACCGUUUUACGGACCUCCAGAACAUACAAAUUUCUCCGAGCGAUAUCCACGUCCACAUCCAGAACCUUCACAUCUAGAAGUUCCACAUUUUGAGCCCGAUGGAGAACACUUCCAAUCCAACGGAGAUCAAGACUAUCGUGUUCCACCGCAUCACACUGAGCCUGUCGAUGAAGGAUAUUACGAUGUCGACAUUCGGAUGCAAACCGCAGUGCAGUCGAAUACGACCGAAGCCAAACCGGCAGGUUUGUUCCCAUCAGCUUUUGCAGCAACCAGGUCACGUCCUACGCUGGAUCGUCCUAUUGGUUCCUGUUUACCGCGACCCAAGCUAUCGACCCAUGGGACAAUGCCACGUUUGCCUGUUCCGGAACAUCUGUUGUCUGCGUUCGAGGAGGCGGCCGUCAGCACUGGUGCUUGGCCUCCCAAAGGACUGGAACAUGAUCAGGGUGAUGGAACAAAAAAACGCGCUCUUCCCGCUUGGCUCCGUGAUGAACUUGAAAAGUUGGAGAAGAAAAAGGCCAAAGAAAUGGCUGCCGUUUCUGGUGAUACUGUUUUGGGCGCUGCACCUGAUGCCGAACGUGAUGCAGAAGGCGAUAUAGUAAUGGAAGAAGAAACAGGAACAGUUCGUGUAGCCUCUGAAAAACCUCUGGUAAACGAUGAAGCAAGCGACGAGGAACAAGACACCUUUGAAGAAUCGUCCGCACUCUUGAGUCCAAAGAGUGUUGUCACUCACAGUCCCUCUGAAGGGCCGACUGAACCGGUCAGCCUACAGCGUGCGUCCUCAUCGCUAGGAGCUCAGCGUGUUGCUUUUCUGGAAAGUUCGCGUGAUGCAGAUGCCAAAUCUGGUGUAGUUCCCCUAAAUCCACCUAACGCGUCAGGUUUUUUAACUGGCAACUCGGCUACGCCUGACACGCUAGCGCCGCUCACUCCCAAUGAAUUCCGCAAAGUCUUUGGUGCUUUGUCGGAAGAAGAUCAACAGGCGGAAACGACACGGUUUAUCACACGAACAUUAACGGACGCUUUAUUAGCAGUCAGUGGGGAACUGAUUCUGGCUGUUGCAGAAGAGGCCCUCUCUUCUGCACGAAAAGAAGAAGAACGUUCGCGAAAGUCAUCUCACGAGCCUACCCCAUUCGUGGAAAUGACUGCUGAGGCUCCCUCUGGGCUUAUGGGUCUGGUCGCCUACAACAGCGAAAGUGAAUCUGAUACCGAACACACCGGAUCACUGUCAGCAAAGCCCGAAGAAAAACGGGAGAAUGGAGAGGAACUGAGCGAGAAGUCAGGCAAUGUUUUACCUGGAACAAAUGACACACGUGAGGGGGGACAAGAACAACGUUAUUCCUCAGGUGAUUCCAGUAGCUCUUCUGAGCCUGAAGCUGACGGUAAUGUUCCAAGCCCUAGUGUCCGUUCAGACAAGCGGAAACUGUCUGGUACAUAUGAGGACCUGACGUCUUCACCUGUACGGACAAAAGACAGGCGGAAGCGUGAGGAGCGCAGGUCACGGUCUCACCAUAGGUCGCACAAAUUAGAUCAGUCUUCUUCCCCUCUUGCAACGUACCAUGGAAGUGGACUGGUGAAGAAGCACCGGAAACAUAGUAGAGACUCGUUGAAAAAAUCAAAGAAGCACCGUCGGUCGCGUGACUCUUCAUCCUCGGACACAGAUUCUGAUUCGCCGGCGCGUUCUUCGCGUAACUCGAGAAGAGCCAAACACCGGAAAAAGCACACUCACCGACACUCGUCUCGAGACUCUUCGAGACGGUCUCGCAAGUCUCAUCGUACACAUUCUAGUGAACGCUCGAGGCGUAGGGACAAACCUUGAACCCCACGAAAAGAAUGCCCGUACCUCUCUGGAAGCUGAGUAAUACUUAGGCUAUGUAUGUUAAUUUCCAAAAUAUGAAUUGAAAGCCCUCGUCUUCAGGUUACCAAGCUCACCCACGCCCUCCGAACGCGUGUACUUGUCAAAUCCGGAACAAUUUGUUGUGCGUUUUGUUUCUUCACUGGCAAUUAUUGAUUUUGUACAUAUGCAUGCUUCUCAUUAAAUAAACUUUUCAAUUUUCCCCACAC